CGAAGUAGACGAAACAAGGAUGUCAUUCAAAAGGGAGCAUUGGCAGUGCCAGCUGGUCUCCCCCUCUGAGCGCCUGGCCCACCUGCGGAAUUCGGGCCACCUGUCGGACAUCACCAUCACCUUCCCCGGCCAUUCUAAAAGCAUACAGGCCCACCGCCUGCUGCUCGCCAUGAGUUCUCCAGCGUUCGAGGCCAUGGUGUACGGGCCGCUUGCUAAGGACGGCCAACUGGCACUCCCCGAGGACCCACCUGAGGCCUUCGAGUGGCUCCUCAACCAUCUGUACAAGAACGAGACCCAGCUGUCGGACGCCCGUCUCGCCACAAAGGUCUACCUGUUGGCCUCCAAGUACCAGCUGGACAAUGUCUGCAAGAUCUGCUCUCAGGUCUUGUUAAAUGAUGUCACCCCAGAGAAUUUCCCAGAUGUGUUUGAGUUUGCUACACUAAAAGAAAUAAGCCACUCCUCAUGAGCUGUUCAGGCGUGCUGGGAAAUUUCACUGACCAAGUGCUGAAGUCCACUCGAAUGGGAGCACUCGGACGCCGCGCCCUCAACCGAAUGCUGACCCACGAACAGCUAUUACCCUCGACAGAAGUCCUGGUGUUCGACGCUCUUAUCAACUGGGGGAAGGCCCAGCUGCCCACAGCAUCCGAGGAAGCCGCUGCAGCAGACGGAGCCUUCAGCAUGAGAGGACAAGAGCUUCGGACGAAGUAUUCGAAAGGCGUCCAGGAGGCUCACGAGAAGAGACACUCCCGCCCAGGAAAAGAAUCCCAGUCAGAGGACAAGGAAUGCACCUGCGCUGAGGGACGUAGUGAUGGAAUUUCUCCCUCACAUCAGGUUCCUCGCCAUGUCGGUGGAUGACUUCGUGGAGCACGUUGUCCCCACACGCAUCUUCACUAGCAAGGAGGCGCUAAACUUGCUCAUGAACAUCAAGUCCCUGACAGGCCCGUCGCUUCCUCCCAUAGCCCCGUGCACUUCCUGGGAGCAGAGAAGGGACGUACAGAACAUGUAUGGUAUGUGGUUUAAACCAUAACCGAUAAAAAAUAUGUACUUGUAAUGUAAAAUGUAAAAUCAGAAGAGAUUUGUAAGAGACUUCUGUAUAAUUCUUUAUACUUCCAUUGUGGUUUUAUUCAGAUUAUAUAUAUAUAUAUGUAUAUGUAUAUAUAUAUAUAUAUAUAUAUGUAUAUAUC